UUCGAGAUUCGCAGCAGCAGCAGAGCGUAACAGUAGCACUUCCGACAGCAACGACAACAACAACCAAUUGAUCUCGCACCCAACAUCUCCAGGACCUCCAGGACACGCACAUACAAAAUGAUCUGUCGCAAUUGCCUCCUCCGGGCGUCGACACGCAGCCACUUCAAACCCUCCACCACCUCACCACGCUUUCUCACCACCACCUCAACCCGCAACAACGCAACCCCCAUCUCUCUCAACGCAGCCACGCAAUCCGCACCCCGACAAGGCUCUCCGACCUCUCCUCACACACCACCAGCCGCGACAUCGACCUCCGCCGCGCAACCCUUCUCCGCCGACACCACCACCAAGAAAGACCACCCCCCAGCGCCGGCGUCGAAACAACAACCGCUCGUCAAGUCCAGCAUCCCCGCGGGGACCCCCCUAAAGGGCCUCAACUUCCUCAAGAACAAGUCCGACCCGAUCGCCCUCGAGGACUCCGAGUACCCGAGCUGGCUGUGGGACAUCUUGAAGAAGAAGGACGGGAAGGGCGACGGCGUUAAUGCGGGAGAUCUGUUUUCGAAAUCCAAAAAGCAGCGCCGACUCGCGGCGAAAAGGCUCCGCAAGGAGCAACUCGCGAACCCGGACCUGCUGGCCCCCAAGAUCCCCAUCUACGAGCAGACGAUCGACCUGCCCGCGGGCGACGCGCAGGGCAGCACGGCGGGCAACGUGGAGGCGGCGGAGGCGAGGGGGGAGCUCACCAAGGCGAUGAGGGAUAAGCGGAGGGCAGGGAUCAAGGAGGCGAAUUUCUUGAAGAGCAUGGGAUAGGAUUGUGGUUUGGCUCGCUUUGUGUGUAUGGGGGGGUGGAGGGAGGGCUGUGGAGGGAUGGAGAGGAAGAAGGAAGGACGAUUUGCAUAUUGGGGGUUUUGUAUAUAUAUGUGUGUGUAUAUGUAUGUCAUGUCAUGUCAU